AGUUCUUUUUUUAUUGGGUCAGUAAAAUUAAUCUUUACUCUCUUUCUCUACCCUGAAGAUAUGGAGAUCUUUUUUUGAUUUGCUAUCUUACAGUUCGUCACAAAUAUCACUAUAUAGAGGUAGAGAUACAUACAUAUAUAUAUAUAUAUAUAUCAGCAUAAUUUUUGUUAUCGUGUUUAAUUGAUUCUACAAUGAGUGAUGAUUUAGAAAAUCCGUAUCAAUCAAUCAAAAAAGACGAUGAGAAAUUGCCUGUGCGGGAAACUCCAGUUUCCGGUGACCGGAAGCUGACGAUAAAGUUGAAGAUUCGGAAUGUGGAAAAGGCGGUUGAAGAAGAUCCGAUUAGACCUCAAGGGAAGAACUCUCAGAGUAAGGUCUGCACUGUGUGCAAAAAAGAGUUUAGCUCUGGUAAAGCUCUCGGAGGUCACGUUAAAGUUCACUUUCAGGAUCACAACAAAGAACAACUUCUCAAGCAGCUCAAAAUCCAUAAUAAAAAACCCAAUAAGUUGAAGAAACAAAAUCUACAAUGGGCCAUCGAUUCUUCCAGGAAAAGAGAUUCUAAUGAAGUCACCAAUGAGAGCUCGGAGGGAAAUGGAAACCCAACUGUUUGUUUGAUUUGCAGAAAGAAAUUUUCGUCGUCGAAGGCCUUGUUUGGGCACAUGAGGUGCCAUCCUGAGAAGGAACGGAGGGGAAUUGAGUCGCCUAUGGCGGGUAAGAACAGUCCAUCUUCCUCUGUAUCUGAAUCCGUGCCUCGGAAAUUUGAUGAUCACAUUGAUUCAGAUGGUGCAACUGUGGACAACCCAGUGAUUGAUUUGAUGGAGUCAUUACCAAUGUGGCCGGUGACAGGCAGGCGAACUCCGAGAGUCGUGGCCGACACAUGGGAUAAUUCGAGCUCAGAGGAGGUGGAGGUGGAGGUGGAGAAGAAGCGAUUCUGUGACGCGGUGGAUGAACUCCUUAGGCUAGCUCAUGAUAAUUCUUUUGACUCUGACCUCGUCCAUAAUGAUAAAAUUGAGGAAUAUGAGGUUGCAAACUGCAAUGCUCUGACAAAUGAGGCUGAAAUUGAGGACAAGAACUGGGUUUCUGAAUCGAAUAAACGAAGAAUUGAGGCGUCGCCUGUUGGAAACAGAAGGGAUUAUCCUGUGAAGAAGCUGAGAAUUGAAGAAAGAGGGUUCAAUAGUAAUGGUGGACACAUUGGUGUGGCACCUAAAUAUAUGGAUAAAGGCAAAGGAAAGGCUAUGUUGGAGACUCAGAAUUGUGAAUGGGUUGAUGCAAAAGAUUGGAACAGAGAAGUUGAAGAUUACAUGAAUUGUACAGAUGAUGAGUCUGAUAUCAAAGACACUGAAGACUUUUGCGAAGGACAGCUCAUGAAUUACAAAUGUGAGAGAACUAGUCCUAGGUCAGUGAUGAUUAGUAGCAAGAAGAUCAAGAGUAAUAAGCCAAUUGUGAUAAGGAGUACUCCCAAUAAGUACCAAUGCAGCAAUUGUGAUAGGGUCUAUUCUACCAAACAAGCAUUAGGUGGUCACAUGUCCUACCACAAGAGAGACAAGAACUUUUCAUCUGCAGCUGCUGAGGAUAAACACCAUCACAAUCCCGCCUCACGAGUGGACGGAGAGCUUGUGGAGAACACACACCAAUGUGAGAUUUGUAACAGAUCUUUCCUUACAGGUCAGGCUCUUGGGGGUCACAAGAGGUACUGUCGAUUGAGCAGUAGUCCGGUUGAAGCUCCAUCGAGCCUAGCAGCUUCGUCAGGGGAAGGCGGUCAGACAGUUCGUAAAAUUUUAGGGUUUGAUCUCAAUGAGCUUCCUCCCAUGGAGGAUGAAGAAUGGUGAUGAUUAUGAGCUAGUUGAAUAUUUCAGUUUUUUGCAGCUUCUAAAGGAACUGAGCUACUGAGAGGUAAGUUCCUCUAAUUUUAACUUGUGAUGCUUCAGCUGUUGAGUUUAGUAGUGGAAAGGCAGUGGCUUAGAUAGGAUUGAGGAACCAAACUUGGUUCCUUCUUGUUUUCUCUAACAGGCCGGCUUGCUGUGAAAGAGAGAUUCAAAAGGUUUUGGUUUCUUCUUUGGUAGGAUGAAAAUGCAAAGAAACUUCACAUAGGCUUUUAAUUUCCAAUUAGAAAAAUGAUAUUUGAAUCGAUCAUUCUGGCGCGCCUAAGCCGAAGACUUAUUUGCUGUUAGAUAUGUUUCAAGUGGGAUAAUUCCCACUUGUAACAUAUCUAAGUGCAUAAAAAGUUUUUGGCUGAUGUUUUAGGCUUGAAUUAUCGGUUAUAGUAGCAUUGUUCUUCCAACUAUGGUCUUCUGGGAUUUACUUUUGUGUUGAUUUCUUUGUUCAACAAUAUUAGAUGAAUCCAAGGCUUUCUUCUCUGCAUAUGGAAUAUACUUCAGUUUG